ACAAGAAAAGACAUCCAUCAUGCAUCGUCUUGUUGCAAUUUUAACUCUUUUAUUGAUAAAUUCAACAAAAGUUUUGUCUCUCAAUGAACAAGAAGUGAAUUGCGUCAACGUAGAAUCCCGACAUUGUGAACUUCAUCAAGUGAACAUCCAAAAUAAUUCUACAAAAAUCCGAAUUUUAGACGAAAAUCUCGGAAAAAUUGAGAAAAUCUCCUUUGAAAACUCUACAAUUUUAAUUUUUCCAAAGGAAUUCUUAACUCAAACGCCAAAUUUGAGUAAUCUCGAGAUGGAAAAUGUUCAAUUGACUGAAAUUCCCGAUUUUUCGUUCCAAAACGCCUCAAAACUCGAAAUAAUGGAUUUAGAAUUCAACGAAUUGACUGAAAUCGGCGAGAAUACGUUCGAUGGCGCAAAGAAAAUGAUCAAACUUUAUCUCGGAAAUAAUAAAAUACGAAAAAUUUCACCAAAAGCAUUCGAGGAUGUCGCAAAUCUUGAGGUUUUGUUUCUGGAAAAGAACGAUUUGGAAGUUAUUGAUGCAAGAACUUUUGCAUCUUUGAAGAAAUUAAUGCAUCUCGUGUUGACCGAUAACGAUAUAAAGUAUGUGGCAACGAGAGCUUUCGUUAAUUUGCCAAAUUUGUAUGAAAUUCAUUUAGACAACAACGAAAUGGAGAGUUUGGAACUGCAUAUUGAUCGAAAACUGGAUUUGGUGGAUGUCUCAGGAAAUAAAUUAACGUCUUUGAAUUUGAAGUCGAUCAAUCCAAAAGCAAAAAUUCACACAAUUAAAGCGUCUGAUAACGAAUUAUCCUCAUUGAACGUAAAUUCGAGUCUCGAAGUGAAAGAAAUUUACUUGACAGACAACGAAUUUAAGAAUUUUAAAAGUUUUGCUUUACAAAAAAAUCUUUCUAGACUGAUUAUUCGUGAAAAUUCGUUCGAAAAUCUUCAAGGAAUUGAAAAACUUAAAAAUUUGGAACACUUGGAUAUCGGAAAUAACAACAUUACGUUCGAAAAAGGAGUUUUUAAGCCAUUACAAAACCUUGAAAGAUUAGUUCUUUCUAAUAUGUCGAUGAAAAAUUUCGAUUUAAGUUGGUUUGGUGUCCUCGAUGAACUUUCUUCGCUUGAUUUAGGUGAAAAUCAGUUGAAAGAACUCGAUUAUAAAGAAUUAAAAACAAAUUUUCCUGAACUAGAAAGAAUUACAAUCAGCGAAAAUCAAUUUGGUUGUGAUUAUUUAGAGGAAAUGUUUGAAUUUUUAACAAAAGAAGCAAAUAUCACAGUCAUGGAUGUCGACGAUAAAUUUAGAAUUAAGCAUGUCCACAAAAUUGAAUGCAUAGAAGAAGAUGACGAAACUUCUUUAUUGAGCAUAAUUUUGUUCGUGAUAGGAGGUGUCGCCGUUCUUGGCGUUAUUGGGUAUUUCGUUUGGAAAACUUGUAAAAAAUCAGAUGAAGAUGAAUGAAGGUCAAACAUGAUUUUAUGAAAUUUUAAAAAAUAAAAGAAAUUAUUUCUUAAAAAUUUCG